GCAUUGCGACGCUAUAUAAACGCACCAAUGGCGCAAGAGUACGAGUCGCUUGGUGUUUGUGUCCGAUUCCUCGUGUCUCCAUGACCCCUUUUUCUGAGCUCUUCAGAUCGAUUCAGUCUCCGGUUUCACUGCAAUUUCUACUUUGAUUUUACGCCACCUGUUCUUUCACACAUAUUUCUUCCUGUUUCUCUCUCUAAAUAUAUAACCAUUAAGACUCUCUCUCUAAACUUUCUCUUUAUAUAUCGAUCUUUCUCUUUCCAAGUAUAGAUACACCACGCUUAUUUCUUUCUUGUUGUUCUCUCCGCCUAUUUUUGUUUCUGCUCUGUUUACCCUAAUUUCCCCAACCUCAGUAUCCACCUUGCUUCCUGAUCAUGGCGGACGACCUAGUUAUCAAGGUGAAAUAUGGAUCCACGCUGCGACGUUUUAGCAUUUGGGCAGUAGGCAAUGGAACCUCUGGCUUUAAUAUGGAUAUGCUCAAAGACAAGAUUCGCAAACUCUUUAAUCUCAAGCCGAUUGAGGAUUUCGCCAUUACCUACAUAGAUGAAGAUGAUGAUGUGGUGACUCUGGCUGAUGAUGAUGACCUCUCUGAUGCCAUUCGGCAGCAUCUGGAUCCCUUGCGCCUUACUGUCUCUCUAACCGAGACACCCUGGGAAAGUUCUCUCCCUGAAGCUUCUAAACCCACGACUUCCCCUACCCCUGGAGCACAUUCAUCUCCUGAUAUCCAGGCUCUCCUUGAAAUGACCUUGAAAACUGUACCAGACCGUGUUCGAAAAUCCCUUCUGACUUUCUCUAAUGAUCUUCACUCUAAGUUUGGGGCAUCUAAAGUUGAGGAGUUCGCCAACUUCUUGAAAGCCUUGGAGCUUGUUGAUGCAGUGUAUACUCCUCCAGGUAAUGGUGCCUCGACCCCUGUGAACCCUGUUCCUCCUCAGGUUUCUGAACCUUUUGGUAAGACUUCUCCUGGACCCAAGUCUACUCCUCAGUCUGAGACAACCCGUAAAAUCAAGGCAACAAGUCAAGAGAAAUACACUGAGUCGACCCCUCAAGCCGGGGCAAAUGUUCUAAAAGCUCUCGAGAAACUAUCAGAGUUUCCCGUGCAAUCCAAGGCCAGAAGUCCUGAAAAACAUGACUCUACCCUUCAAGAGAAGACACAAGGUUAUGAGAAACACGACGGGUUAGGCGAAACAAGCAGUGCAGGACCAUCAGCCAGCCAGCCAAUCCUGAAUACUUGUUUUAAUCCGAUCCAAACUCCACAGACACCCCCAUGUUUUUUCCCACCUGACAAUUUUGCAGAUCUUCCCAAUCCCAAGUUUAGGGAGAUGAGCGAUUCUUCUUUUAUUGAUACAGGUAAGAAGAAGGGUGACUCUUUUGAGGUCCGGUCAAUUCCUCAUGUGUUCAGUCGCUUUGAUGGGAGUUCUUUACCAUCUAUUGACAUGCCUCAAUCCAUCCACAAUGGCAUAAUAUGCGAUGGUUGUGGUGUGCACCCCAUAAUUGGCACGAGGUACAAGUCUGCACAGAAACAGAUCACAACACACUGGUCAUUGCCAAACUUUGUCAAAAAGGACAACUAUGAUUUAUGCCAUGAUUGCUAUGAGGAAAUGGGCAAGGCAGGGGAAUACAUGAGGCUCGAUCGUCCAAUCAGCAUGUAUUUGCCUAGGUUCUCUCCCCACCAUCAUCACCGCUUGUUUGGCAAAUCAAAACUUAUCGGUCCUUUGAAGUUGAAUAGCACCUUUGUCAAAGAUGUUACCAUUCCUGAUGGAAUGAUUGUGGCACCCAAUACACUUUUCACCAAGAUAUGGAGGCUUCGCAACAGUGGGAACUCCCCAUGGCGUUACAACACUCAGCUGGUUUUUACAAGUGGUGACCCUCUUGGUUUUACAAGGACGUCGAAGUUGGAGAUUCCGGUAGAAGGUGUCCCUAUUGGGAGGGAGUGGGACGUUUCUCUGCAACUGAGAGCCCCUAAGACCCCAGGGAUCUACCGUUCUUACUGGCAGUUGGCAUCUCCCUCUAGUGUGAGGUUUGGCCAAAGCCUUUGGGUGUCCAUUCGGGUGCUUGGAGACCCAACACCCGAAGAUAAUACUGUAUAUGGGGAUUUACUAAACUUGAACAUGCCACCCCCAGUGGAAGUUAGCAGCAACAAGGGCAAGCAAGUUGAAGAAAAGGAGAAGAUUGAAACUAUAGACAUGUCUUCAGAGACUCUUACAGAAUCUGACUCUCUCUUGAAUAACAAGGUUAAUGAAGCCAUAGAAGAAUUAUUAUCUGCCAAGAUUCCAGAACCGGAGCAUGUGGCACCAAAGGCACCAAUGACUCCCACCUUGCCAUCUGUCACUUAUCCAACCAUCGAUCUUUCACGUGCCGAAGUUCCAACUGCAUUUGUUGAAGUUCCAAUUAUUCCAACUGGUGAGGUUGCAGCGGCUGGCACCCCAAGCUCAAAGGAGGUGGAGGCGGCUUUAUUGAGGGAGUUGGAGGAGAUGGGUUUUGAUGAGGUGGAACUAAACAAGGCAGUGCUUAGGAGGAACGACUAUGACCUCGAGGAAUCCAUCGAUGAGUUGUGCUGUGGCUCUUCUGAGUGGGACACCAUUCUUGAUGAGCUGCAAGAGAUGGGUUUCUGUGAUGAAAAGACCAACAUGAUGCUGCUGAGGAAGAAUGGAGGAAGCAUUAAGCGAGUUGUGAUGGAUCUCCUCACCCAAGAAAAGAAUAAGUAAAUAAAUUUGUCCAUAUUUCCAUUACUUAGAUAUGUCUGGAUCCAGAUUCUUACCAGUUUCUGAUGGAUCCGACAUUUCUGAUGGAUCCGACAUUGGUACAUAUUUCCUCUUGAUAUGCUACUAACUUUGCUUGCAAGACUUUAUAUAUGGUUUGGUAAGUACAGAACAAUCAAGAGCGAUUGGUAUAUAUUUGGUAUAUAUUCUGACUGGAAUAUGGUAUUAAGACUAGUGAUUAUUGGUAUAUAUGCUUUCUCUACAUUUACCAA